UAAUGUACUCAUCCGAGGGAGAAGUGUACAAUCUGUCAUCAAAUACAGAGCGCAUGCACGGAGAAGAAUUGGGUCAAUCAAAAGAACAUGAAAAGAUCAAUGACUUGCAAGAGAGAGGAUAUAUGGAAUACGGAUGUCAACAUUAUCGGAGAAGAUGCCGUAUUAGGGCCCCUUGCUGCAACGAGAUUUUUCACUGUCGCCGUUGUCAUAAUGAGGCAAAGGAUGAUAUCAGGAUUGUUCCAAAGCUUAGACAUGACCUUCCCCGUCAUCAAGUUAAACAUGUGAUAUGUUCACUUUGCGGGACUGAACAAGAGGUUCAGCAAAACUGCAUUAAUUGUGGAGUUUGUAUGGGGAAGUACUUUUGCGGGAUAUGCAAGCUUUUUGAUGACGAUGUAUCUAAGAAACAAUACCAUUGCGGCGGCUGUGGAAUUUGCAGAACUGGAGGAUCUGAAAAUUUCUUCCACUGCGACAAGUGUGGUUGUUGCCAGUCAACUCUGGUGAAAAAUAGUCACCCUUGUGUGGAGAAGGCAAUGCAUCAUGAUUGUCCUGUUUGUUUUGAGUAUUUGUUCGAAUCGAUGGAUGAAAUCGCUGUCUUGCCAUGUGGACAUACAAUCCAUAUCAACUGUAUGAAUGAAAUGAGAAAGCAUUUACAGUAUGCAUGCCCUCUUUGCUCAAAGUCAGUUUGUGAUAUGUCAAAGGUUUGGGAAAAGUUUGACUUGGAGAUUGCUGCUACACCAAUGCCUGAACAAUAUCAAAAUAAAAUGGUUUGGAUCCUUUGCAAUGAUUGUGGUAGAACUAGUAACGUAAAGUACCAUGUUAUUGCUCAAAAGUGCUUGAAUUGCAACUCCUACAACACAAGACAAACUUGAGGCUGAAGAGAAAAGUGGGCGUUGUUACAUUUACUCUUAUGCUUUGUGAAGUAGUGGCAACCCCAUGUUUAAUUGGAACAACAACUUGAACAUGAAAUGAACAUGGCGUUAAAACCUAGUUGGAUCGGCACAUGUUCAACUUUGUCGUGUUGGGUUAACCAAUUGCAAUUACCCUUUUAAGUGUGUUUUUAGGUGUGAUAUGUGAAAUAAUGUGAACUUCUAUGAUUAGCUUUAUGGUUGUGGAAUGUUAUUAGGAAGUAGGAACUAUCUUAUCUUAUUAUAUCCGUUUAGUAGAUCUGAAUGUCUGUCUAGUUUGGAUUAUUAUAAAUAUGUAACAUAUAUAUAUGUUGUGUUU